AUGGGACUGUUAGACUUCUUUUCGAGCUCAAGCUCAAGCUCGAAACGUGAUCGCUCGAGCCCUUCGCCCCCACCCAAACAGCCCGCUCGAUUGACCAAGGAAAGGCCUGCCAAAUUUAGAGGAUCUGACGUUCAGCACUCCUCCGACGCCACUCAGUCAAAUCACACUAGAUCGCCCAGUCGUCCUUGCAUCUUGUUCUAUGAUAAACACAAGCCAUUCUACGAGUUUACCAACUUCUCUUCCCAUCCCGUGCAGUAUAAUGGCAAGACAUAUCCUACAUGCGAGCACCUGUUCCAGUCAUUCAAGUUUAUGGACGAGUACCCUGAUAUCGCAGAGCUUAUCAGAACUGGAGGCGAUCGGCCUAUGGCUGCGUUUGACGAAGCACAUCGUUAUCAAAACUGGGUACGACCAGAUUGGAGACAGGUGAAUGUAGCCAAGAUGGAGGAGGCUCUCUAUCUAAAGUUCACCCAAAACAGGGAGCUCAAGAAGCUCUUGCUUGAUACCGGGGAUGCAGAGCUUGUCGAGGAUUCGCCAUGGGACUACUUCUGGGGAGUAGGUGCUAACCAUUCUGGACGAAACGAACUUGGGAGAGCCCUGGAAAGGUUGCGUGACGACCUUAGUGAGUUCAAUAUUAGUGUCUGA